AUGGCUGUCUCAGUGCUUCGGGUGACAGUUUUCCUGGGACUGCUUGCCUUAAUCCUGACUUGUCAUGCUGAAGAAGGAACACACAAGCCAGACAAGGAGUCAGAUGACUCAGACAAGCCUCCAAAGCAGGAUUUCCCCACAUUUCUCAACACCCUGGGCAAAGAGAUCAUCGAGGAUGCAGUGGCACUCUUCCUGGGCUCCAUGCUGAGGCACGGUGCUUUUGUGGAAUUUGAUGCUAAACCAGAACAUUCAUCAAAGUGA